AUGCUAUCCAAAAUUACUGGGUCACAGAAGCUUUGCUCUGAUAUUCUCUUCGAGAUCUCCAAGGUCAUGACUCCCAACGCCAGGUUGAACCUUGCCUUGGCAGAUAAAGAUCUCUUUGAGAGCAUUUCCCGCCGCAUGCUCAGAGACGUCCUUUUCGAUGCAAAUGAAGAAACAGCAUUCCGUCCCGUGAAAUUCGCUAUUUGCACCCAAAACAUCGACCUCCUGGCCAAAAUUCAUCACUUGACCGCGCAGACAAAACGCGAUCUCAGGUUUGAUUGGAGCAAGCACUUCACGGUCUACGAUCUGUUCGAUGUGGCCUGGAAUUGGAGUGGAGAAACCGGCGAAACCCUUAAAUUCCUCUUGGACGAGUUCCCCUCUCACACGUACACCAGCUCUAUCUUCGAUCUGUGGGAUCCCACUAUGAUAGAGAUAACGGAGGUAUCCGAGCUGGAGUCUACAUCGAAGCCACACGAGACGACGCCUGUAACAUCAUACCUCUGCUCCGGGCCUGUCAGGCUGCCAACCCUUCCGGCCCUGCUUCGUUUGGGCGCCAACCCAAACGGUCUUGUCGACGAAUCGAAGCACGGCCGAAAAGAUCCGAGACGGCCACUUGACGAACUUCUCAACUCAUACCGAUGGACACAUUUCUACGAUGACUGGUACACGCUGGGGAAACGAAUGUACAUGUAUUUCAAGGCUCUCCUUGAUCAAGGUGCAACAACGUCACGAGCGCGCUAUUCCUGUGAUACAGUUCGGGUGCUGGUAGAGCGCAUCUGGCGAAUUCUCUGUCCAGUAGCUAGGAGAGUCGCUGAUCCCGAAGGAGCCCUCUGUCCAUUAGCCAGGAGAGUCAUCGGUCCCUACCGUCCCGUCCACUGCUCCACCGUCGUCGACGAGGAAGGCAAUGCCGAAGAAGCUUCGGAUUUUCACGAAGAGGAUGACAACGAAUUUGGCGCGAGGAUUGGCUCACCGUCUUGCUGCACCCACUCCUGCACCAGCGCCGCUCGGAUUGCCGGCGGAUUUUGGGAUGUCGAACAAACUGGGAACGCCGCAGACCUUCCAAUGCUGUUUAAUGCGCUUCUCGUCACCAACAUCAGCCCAUUCGAUGAUCUGUGCGAUUUGGUAGUUGACGCGGCUCCAGCAUACCAGUGUGUAAGCCCUGGGAAAAGGGGUACUGAGCUCUUGAUUGAAAUUCUGAGACAAUAUCCUCACUUGCCUAGUUGGUACAGGUUCACCCGUUGUGAGAGACAAAAGAUUUUGCGGCCGAAGGUUCUUCGAGAUGCCGAUCUGGAUUUGCCCGAGAAAGAAUACGACCGUCAGGAUGGAUAG